GUGACGCGGAAACAGGAAACUGAAAAUAGCGAGCUCCAUUGCGUUGUCCGCAUUGGAAAAAAAACAAGCGUCACGAUGAGCGGGGCAGUGCCAAUGGCCGAGCCAGUUUGCCUGAUCGAAAACGACAAGGAGGGGAACCUGCGCGUCCUCCCGCAAGCUAUCGAGAUCUUGAAGCGGAUCGAUCAACAUGUUGUGGUGGUGGCAAUAGUCGGGCUGUACCGCACUGGAAAAUCCUACCUCAUGAACAAGCUGGCUGGUAGGACAAAGGGAUUUGCCCUGGGGUCCACCAUCCAGUCAAAGACCAAGGGCAUCUGGAUGUGGUGUGUGCCUCACCCAACCAGAGCAGGCCACACUCUAGUGCUGCUGGACACUGAGGGGCUCGGAGACGUGGAGAAGGGAGAUGAGAAAAAUGACAACUGGAUAUUCUCCCUGGCGGUCCUCCUUAGCAGCACACUGGUGUAUAACAGCGUCGGGACCAUCGACAAUGAUGCUUUACAACGGCUUCACUAUGUGACGGAACUGACAGAGCACAUAAAGGUGAAAGCACAGACCGGGGAUGAGGACGAGUCCACCGAGUUCAUGCGGUUCUUCCCGUCUUUCGUCUGGACGGUCCGAGAUUUCACCCUACAGCUUGAGCUUGAUGGAAAGCCGAUCACGGCUGACCAGUACCUGGACAACGCUCUGAAGCUGAAACCUGGUCAUGGAAAGCAAGCGAUGGAGUACAACCUGCCUCGUAACUGCCUGCGGAACUACUUCCCCAGCCGAAAGUGCUUUGUGUUCGAUCGCCCCGCGAGUGCAGAGAAGAUGAGACGCAUGGAUGAGCUGACUGAUGCGGACUUGGAGCCCUCCUUCGUCAGUCGAGCCAAGGAGUUCUGCAGUUAUGUCUUCAACAACACCAGCGUCAAGUCCAUGAAAGGAGGCUUCAGUGUGACCGGGCGAAUGCUAGGGGGCCUGGCGGAGGCUUAUGUGGACGCAAUCCGUAGCGGCCAGAUCCCCUGCCUGGAUAAUGCCGUCCUGGCUCUGGCCACGAUCGAGAACUCCAAUGCUGUGGCUCAGGCUGUAGCGUGCUACAAACAGCGCAUGGCCGAGUGGGUGGUCUUCCCAACCGAGACGCAGGAUGAGCUGUCACAGAUACACGGCUCCACAGAGAAGGAGGCGGUCAAGGUCUUUAUGGACCUCUCCUUCAAGGACGAGGAUCAGAAGUACCAAAUCGAGCUAAUGAAACAACUGCAAUCAGAGUAUGAGGUGAUCUGCAGCAAGAAUGCAGCAGAAUCUAAGAAGGCUUGUGCGUCUAUCAUCAAACGCAUAUUCAGGUCCCUGGAGGAAAACUUGGCAUCUGGGCUUUACAUGUCAGCUGGAGGACACCAGGAGUACCGCAAGGAAUUAAAAAACUUGAUCUCUAAAUACAGAUCAGAGCCUGGUAAAGGAAUUAAGGAUGAGGAGGCUUUGAAGGAGUUCCUGGAUGGGAAAGAGCCUAUAGGGGAAGCCAUACUAGCUGCUGACCAUUCCCUCUCUGAAGCUGAACGGAGGAUGGAAGUGGAGAGGGCGAGAAAUGAGGCCAUGGAGCAAGAGAGACGUGCUGCCAUGGAGCAGACGCAGAUCUACCAGAAGCAGUUGAUGGAUCAGGAGCAGCUGUACAGAGACAACAUGGAGCAGCUGAUGAAUAAAAUGGAGGAGGACAGGAGAAAUGCUGCGAAGGAGUACGAGACAGUCCUGUCAGCCAAACUGGAGGAACAGAAGAGCCUUUACCAAGAAGGCUUUGAGAAGAGGGCUAAACUCAUGCAAGAAGAGAUUGACUCCCUUAGGCGGGAGAGGGAAGAUAAUGAUAAGCGUGGAUCCUCUUCAUUCCUUUCCAACAUCUUGGAAACGGCAGGAAAUGCAGCUGCAAUGUUUUUGCCAGGGAUCAUCCCGAAAAUUGGCGGGAUAGCUGUCUCAUGCCUGGGAAGACUUUUUAGAAAAUAAUGAUAAGGUCUCAGAAAAGUGCAGACCACACCA